GCGUGUUAUUGUGCGCUCAGCCAUCAAAAGUAGAAUCUCAAUUUUUUAAUUUUUUUUUUUUACAUUCCGUUUUUUCCUCAAAUAUCAUUAAAAACAACAACAACAUGAAUACGAGAUCCCCGUAUACAAAAGCUGAACAUACCGAAACUAACUCGAGGUUAUGGCCGAUCGUUACAAUGUGGACCAGUUGGGAUGUUGAGAGAUUUAUUAAUGAUAUUGGUUAUGCCAAAUAUGCUAAAUGUUUCAGUAGAAACGCCAUUAAUGGCCACGAUCUUUUAACUACAAACGCCUUUGAUCUUCAAAGGCUUGGUAUAAGUCGUAUGGAGGAUGCCAUCAAGGUAGACCAUUUGAUCAAACAAGCAGCUACCACCAUGGCUUACAAUGAGGAGAGUCCCAAUGAGCCACCAAACAGAUCAUACAACAAAGGAAACGUGCCAUGCAGUAUACACAAGAGAUACACCCCUGAUGUCAUCCACCAAAAGGGUAUCUCCCUACCACCUCUGCCAAUCAAUAUGAAUUACUUUUGUGUACCCUAUCGAGACAGAGGGGACCGACUCUAUCGCUAUGUACCUCCGAUCCAGGCCUAUCACGACCACUGUAUGGUGAUGGGACGUAAGGAUGCUUGGAAACUUUACAACUCCCAGUUCUAGGCUCAAGCUAUUUCUGUUUUCAACACUCACAUAUUACAUCUGACAAUGAACAUUCUAAAAAUAUUAAAAACAUGGAUGAUGCUGAA